UUCUUCCAUCCAAACAUGUCCUCCACCAUUCUCUUCUUUCUCCCAAUAACCAUAACACUCCUCAUCAGUUUUCCGACCACCACAAGAACCGACGAUCCUUGUCCCUAUCCAUGUUACCCUCCACCCACCGCUCCUGGCGGCGGCACCGGCACUACUACUCCUACAACCCCUACAGCACCGCCGGCACCACCGCAAUCCGGUACCAGUUACGGAUAUCCACCACCUUCUGGCGGGAAUAAUAAUAAUAAUUACCCUUAUAACCCUACACCACCUUAUGGUGGCGGAGAUGGCGGCGACAGCAGCGGCGGUUAUGGUGGCGCUACUCCACCACCACCGGACCCUAUUCUACCUUACUUUCCAUUCUACUAUAGAAAGCCACCUCACAAGCCAGAAGACUCUUCUUCUUCUUCAUUGGCUACUAUGCAAAAAUGGACAGUGAUGAUCAUUGUUGCAAUUUCUUCUACUACUAGUUUUCUUUAUUUGCUAUAAUACUUUUAUUAUUAUUAUUAUUAUUAUUAUUAUUAUUAUUA